AGGGACAGGGACAGGGGGGUCCUGCGGGAGGUGGGGCACCGCCGUGACGUCACUGCCCCACCCGCGGCUGGGACCGACGUCAGGGGCUGUGUUCGUGGCGACGGGGCCGGGACAGCAGCAACAGGAAGAGGACAGCAGCAACCGGGUGUGACAUCAGCUGUGACAGCAGCAACUGUGUAUGACAGCAGCAACUGUGUGUGACAGCCGCUGUGACCAGGAGUGACAUCAGCAGUGCCUCAGCCAACCUGGUGUGACACCAUCAGUGACCCAACUGAGCAGGUGUGACAUCACUGAUCACCCCACCAACCAGGUAUGACAUCAUCAGUGACCCCAACUAACUGGUUGUGACAUUGCCAGUGCCCUCCCCGACAGUUGGUGACCACACCAACUGGGUGUGACAUCACUGGGGAUCCCCAACCACAUGUGACAUCACCAGUGCCCUUGGCAUCCGAGCGUGACAUCACUGGUGACCCGACCAAGCAGGUAUGACAUCGUCAGUGACCCCAGCUAACUGGUUGUGACAUCACUGGCGACACCAGCAGCCACCUGUGCCAUCACCAGUGGUCCCACUGACCACGUGACGUCAUUGAUGACGCCAGCCAUUUGGGAGUGACAUCGUUGUGACCCAGCCAGCUGCGCCAUCACCACCAGCCAUGUGGCGCCUCAGCGGCGUGGCAGUGCCGCGGGCUCUGGCUGCUGUGGGCUGGCCCUGUGUCCCCUGCCGCCCCUGCUCGAGGCCACCACCAGAGCCACCGCAGGACCUGGCGGUGCCCAACUGUAGCUGGAGUGAGCCCAUGCGGCGCCACUACCAGCGCCUGCUCGCCAUGGCCGCCGACGGCUCCUGGCUGCGGCUGCCCUCCUACCGCCGUGCCAUCCACCACCUGCCCAAGGCUGUCCCCGAGGCCACCCAAGGCCAGCCACCGGCUGUCGCCACGGGGGACACGCGGCUCUUCCUGCGUGCCAUCGAGGGUGCGGGCACUGGCUUCGAGUUUGCCAUGUUCCUCAAUGCCACCGAGCGCCGCCUGCUCUGCCUCCUCCAGCCGGGACCCUACCUGGAGGGGCACCCCGGCCUGACCCACGGCGGUGCCAUCGCCACCAUCAUCGAUGCCACGCUGGGCAUCUGCGCCCUGGCGGUGGCCGGCAAGGUGAUGACAGCCAACCUCAGCAUUGACUAUCUGGCUCCCGUCCCGCUGGGCACCGUGCUGCUGGUGGAGGGCUGCACCGAGAGGACCGAGGGACGGAAGCUCUUCCUUGGUGGCCACGUCCGCAGCGCUGAUGGGGACACGCUGCACGCCAGGGCCACCGGUCUCUUCAUCCGGCCGGAGCCCACCACGGAGCAGGUGCCGCAGGAGUACAGCAGCCGGUAGCCGCCGCUGGCCCCAUCUGCGUCUCCUCUGUCUCCUCGGGCACCUCCGUGUCCUUAUCUGUCCUUUCCGGUGACCCUCGAGGUCCCCCCAAGUCACCCUGUACCCCCCCCGCCCCUCUUCCUAAAUGUCCCCAAGGUGGCGUCCUCCACCCAUCCAAGCCACUGGAGGCCA